AAGCCUAGUCAAGGCAUUUGCAUGGCCCAGGCCCCCAAAAGCCUGCUUGUUUGCACCUUCCCGAUCUCAUUGUAGAGUAGGCUUGGAACCUUUCAAAAUCGAGCUAAGAUUGAGCAAUUGCGGCCAGGAUUUUCAGAACCUUGCAGAUGCGAAAGUACUUGACCUAUUUUGCAGGACACCCUCUUCGAGGUCAUGUGUUCUGGGUGGUUCAGUUGGUGCUUCCAAAGCUACACCAGGAGCACGAUUGAGGAGCUUGAGGCGCGUCGCACGCAGCUCGCGGGGCUGCUGCUGACAUGCUUUGGUGUGCAAGUGCUUCGUCUUGCCACAGGACAGCUGCUGUCCAUGCUCGGGCUUCUAACUUGCCUGGUGGGAAACAAGGCCCGCUGCACUUUGUGUGAUUGGGACUUGUGGGCCUUGGUCGUUGUGGGGACAUCUGCCGCCACCUUGGACCUUGUAAGCCUUGCCGUUGAUCUUGGAACCUUCGGCAGCUUCAAUGUUGGGUGGAGGCUGGCGCCUUGCCGCAGAAUUGCACUGCUUGGGGCCAUACUGGCACCUCUCCUGGAGGUUUGGUGUGUUCAGGUGGCUUUGUGCAGUUACAUCCCGCGGCAUGAGUAUCUCGUUGCAGCCCAUAUGCAAAGCUAUGGACACAUUGACGGGAGGGACGUUGCGGCGGCUGGAGCUAGGUUCAAGAAAAACUCCGGCACCACCUCCACGCUUUUCACAUCUCUCCGUGCAGCCGUUCUCGGGGAACCAGAGGAGGAGGUUGACCCAGUAUCACCUCCAGUUCAAGAUGAGAGUUCCUUGGGCGAAAAUGGACAGAGCGGCUCUGCUCAUGCACAGUGUUCUCAGUGCCAGAUGACGAUUCAACGUGCUGGUCGCCUUGGCACUGGGCUCUACGGGGAUUGCUUGUACUGUGAAGACUGCUGGGUUGCUUGGCAAACUGCUUCAUGCAGUUCUUGAGCCAGGCUGGUGCCUCGCCAGGUGGGAAAUGCCGUCGCAGCUGACGAAGAUUGAAGCGGGUGAAUGCGGUAGUUGAGUGAGGAUCGAGAGGAUGACAAGA